CCAGCUGUUUCGUUUUGACUUUCAGUUGUGGGAGCGCACCGUAAGAUACAUUUGCGAGCAGCGGUCGAACAUCGGUGAAAUUUGUUGCCAUAUUCCAAAAGAAAGCGAAAACUGAUGUGAUAAUAUAUGAAAAGUGAAUAGAUAAUUUGUAUAAAACGCAUUGGCCUUAUCAAAAGUGAGAUGAAGCAAUGAGAUAAGCGCCGAAAAUAUGCCCGUAUGAGUGUGUGCUGUGUGUGUGUGUGUGUGUUACCGCAGCUGCCAGCAUGUAUGUAUGCAUGUGUGUGUAUAGAAAUUGCACGAAUCUCAGCCGCAAGGCGCGCAGCAGCUCAACAACAACAACAACAACAAACGCGUUUUAAGUAAUUAACCAAUUGACGAACUGUUGCAAAAUGCUACAAAUUGACUACGCAACGACAACAACAAGAACAAGAACAACGAGGCGGCAGCAACAAUUCAAAUGUUGCCGUUAGAGAUUAACUGGACUUGGGGCGUCUGAGAAAAAUCGAUUGACCAACAAUGCGGAGCACAGACGAGGCGGAGGCAGAAACGAAAACAUUGCGCACUUGCAAAUUUAGCCAAAGAUGGCGCUAUAAAAGAGCUCGCCUAGUAGGCAUUUGCUAGCAACUCGGACCAAAACAAUGUCGAAAAUGAGAGGCCGUGUACUGAUACCGCUGCCCAAUACGGGGGCAAUGGGACGCAAACGCAAUAAUUUUUAUAUGCGCAGCGUCUUCAUCCUGGCGCUGUGCAUCUUCGGACUGCUGCAGUAUCACAAUUUCAACUAUCUGGACAGCCGAGAUGCGCUGCUCAGCGAUGCGUUGGCCAAUGACUCGGCGGAUGCCAUAUUGUCCAUGGUGCCGGCUCCGCUUCACAAAUAUCUGACGCCACACACGCGCAAUCACAGCGCGCCGGCGGCAGCAGCAGUGCUCCAACUCAACAGCAGCAUCUCCGGGCUAAGCAACUCUGGCUUUGCGGCGGCGGCAACCACAAUCAACUUUGAGGCUUACCGGCCGCCCAACAUCUCGGAGAUCAAGCGUCAGAUUGUCAGAUACAACGAGCUGCAGUUGGUGCUGAACGAGGACACGUUCGGGCCGUUGCAAAACGAUUCUGUGAUAAUUGUCGUGCAGGUGCACACGCGCAUCAAUUAUCUGCGCCAUCUGAUUGUCAGCCUGGCGCAGGCCCGCGACAUUUCCAAGUCUUUGGUGGUGUUCUCGCACGAUUUUUACGACGAUGACAUCAACGAUCUGGUGCAGCAGAUCGACUUCUGCAAGGUGCUGCAGAUAUUCUAUCCGUACUCUAUGCAAACGCAUCCGCACGAAUAUCCCGGCGUCGAUCCCAACGACUGUCCCAGGAACAUCAAGAAGGAGCAGGCUCUCAUUAGCAACUGCAACAAUGCAUUGUAUCCGGAUCUCUAUGGCCAUUAUCGCGAGGCCAAGUUCACGCAGACCAAGCAUCAUUGGUGGUGGAAAUCGAACCGCGUCUUCAACGAGCUGGAGGUCACUCGGUUUCAUACGGGUCUCGUUUUGUUCCUGGAGGAGGAUCAUUAUGUCGCCGAGGAUUUUCUCUAUCUGCUGGGCAUGAUGCAGCAGCGAACCAAGGAUCUGUGUCCGCAGUGCAACAUCCUCUCGCUGGGCACCUAUCUAAAGACAUUCAACUAUUAUACGUACCACAGCAAGACUAACAAAAAAUCGUAUGCUUCCUCGCUGAUCUCGUCAAACAGUCUAUUAGGAUCAAAUAGGAAGAAUAAUUACAGUAAUAACAAUAAUAAUAACGGUAGAAGCUUGCCUGCCUCCUCAUCCAGCACUUCAUUAAAGAAUGCCAAAGUCUAUGUGGGCGACACCGUUAACGCCGACAAAAAUAACAACAACAAUAAUAAUAUUAAAAACAAUAUGAACAAUAAAAGAACUAGCCACAUGAACACUGUCACCGCCGCAUCCAACACAAAUGAUGUCAAUAGCAAUUACAAUAACAAUAAUAAUAAUAAUAAAAAUGGUGCACAAACAUGGAACUAUCAUGUCCUGCCGUCAUUGUAUUCCGUCUAUCAGAAGGUAGAGUCAAUGCCCUGGAUUAGCAGCAAGCACAACAUGGGCUUCGCCUUCAAUCGCACCACCUGGACGAGCAUCCGGCGCUGCGCCCGACACUUUUGCACCUACGACGACUACAACUGGGAUUGGUCCCUGCAGCACGUGUCCCAGCAGUGCCUGCAGCGGAAGCUGCACGCGAUGAUUGUCAAGGGACCGCGCGUCUUCCACAUCGGCGAGUGCGGCGUCCAUCACAAGAACAAGAACUGCGAGUCCAAUCAGGUAAUCUCCAAGGUGCAGCAUGUGCUGCGCAUUGCACGCAACUCGCAUCAGUUGUUCCCGCGCUCUCUGAUGAUGACGGUGCCCAGCCUGAUCAAGAAGUCCAAGCUGCGCAAGGGCAACGGCGGCUGGGGCGAUUUGCGCGAUCAUGAGCUCUGCCUGAACAUGUCGUUGCCGACGAGAUAGAGCUGAUAAAACCAAAAAAAAAAAAAAAAAACUAAGCCAAAAAAUGGCUAAACUAGUUAAUAUAUAUAUUAGCUUGUAGUUGCGUAGAACAUCAUUUUAAGUAGCUGCCCGAAUUAUACUCUAAAGUACUCUUUAGGCUAAAUGCAACAUCUGAAAGUACUCGAAAGUACUCUAAGCUAAAAGCAGCAUCUGAAAGUACUCGAAAGUCCUUAAGUUAGAGGAAACAUGAAAGUACUCGAAUUAUACUCGAAAGUACUCUUUAAGCUAGAGGAAACAUAUAAAAGUACUCGAAUUAUACUCGAAAGUACUCUUUAAGCUAACAAUAACAUCUGAAAGUACUCGAAAUCGCAAUCAACGCUAAAUUGUGCAUUAUAUGCAACUUUUUAUACAUAUAUAUAUAUUUAAAAACAAAAUCGGAACAGGAGAACUUAUUAUAAAAUGCUGCACAAUUAAGUUUAGCCUCUAGUCAGAUUUGUCUAGGCAACAGAAUGAAAUUUCAUACUAUAUAUACAAUAUAUAUCAUUUAUUGUUUAGGUUCCGUCCAAUGUUAAAGACCGAACUGUUCCCAUUAAACUAUCACGAACAUUUCUACUAUAUAUCUAUACCUUUACAUAUUUUGAGCAAAAAAAAAGAAACCCCAGAUUGUGCCGAAACAAAGUCAAGUUUAGUAACAGACCAUAACGCAUAAACUAGUCAUAAUAAAUAUAAAACUAAAUCCGACAUGCAUGGAAAUCAGAUAAUAUAACAUGGUAAAACUCUUCAA